AGCGGCUUCCAGCUCUUUCAAAUGGGUCUUAAACGGGUGGUUUUUCCCCAGCAGCGCCGAUCGGACCGCUCUUUCACUGUCUGACCUCAAUCCGAUCGUGCUGUUGCGGGACAAUCAUGCACUCUCUUUUCUUUCUUCUGUUGUAUUGAGUCAGGUUUAUGGUAAUGAGAAGCCCACAAGGCACGGGAGUAGUAGGAGCCAUUUUGUACAAGUCAUUCACAAACAGCGGAGGAGUGCAAAGCAUAACCGGGCGAAUUAAACUCUUCUGGGCAACAGUGAAAGCAUGGAUUUAACCCACCAGAAGAGACGGACUCGAAGGAAAGUUUGAGGGACGGACACGAUAAAUAUACGGCAAGCGAAGGAGACAUGAGGGAACUGUGUUCAGCGGAGAUGAUCUUCACUAAGGGGUACGUACUGCUUGUUGUUACCGGGCUACUGAAACUCGUUGCUUUGUCGGAAAGCUACAACGUGCACAUCGGCGAGGAUGUGCAACCUGGAACCAUAAUUGCAAUCACAAAGCUGAGUAGGAAUUGCACCCUGGACCAAGUGGUUUCCCCUAAAUUUACGCGGACCUUCUUACGGAUCGAUGGGGUGGCAGGCACCGUGAUGGUUUCGGAGGCAUUAGACUGUAGCGGUAUCCCUUCUAACCCCUUUACAAUUUACACUACCGUGGACUGCACAGACGCAUCUAUCCCUGGAUUCAGGCACCUGAUAACCAGCCGCUACGACGUUCACGUACACGGCGCCGAUUGUCGCAGUAAGCGUGGGAAAAAGGCGCAGCGCGAUGUAGAUAUAAUCAGCCUACUGGAUGUACACAAUCACCAGCCUAGGUGUUACGAAUCUGAAAUUCCUCUGUUUCGAAUACGGGAUCUCCUGCCCACCUCUAAGGUUCGCGGCGGUUUCCAAUGCCGCAAAUCCGGCGUUCCCGAAUUGCACUUCUCGGGACAGAGGCUGGUGGCUUCUAAGCGGUUCUGCUUGAAACUUGGAAAACUGCGUGAGAUGGAUUUGCGUUGCCGGAGCUGUUCAUCCGCGGGGUUGUGCCUUAGCAUUGAGGAACUGAGCGGAGCUGUUCAGGGAGACCCAGUGUCUGUGCACUGGCGAAUAGGUAUUGGGUCAUUUGAGCAGGACCACUUAAAGAGGGUCCUUCAGAAGGCUGCACAUUCAACUGCAGGCAUAGCAAACCGCAGGAAAAGGAAUGUUAACACAAGCCCCCAGUUCCAGCCGCCCAUGUACCAGGUAUCUGUACCUGAGAACAGGCCAAAUGGGACACCUGUUGUGGUGCUGAAAGCUGUAGAUAUUGAUGAGGGGGAAGCUGGUAGGCUGGAGUAUUUUAUCGAUGCACUAUUCGAUAGCCGCUCCAACAGUUUGUUUGCAGUGGAUUCUGUCACUGGUGCUGUGACCACGGCUGAAGAGCUGGACCGAGAGACAAAGUCAACGCACGUGUUCCGGGUGACAGCAAUGGAUCACGGCACACCACGGCGCACAGCCAUGGCGACCCUCACAGUCACUGUGAGCGACACAAAUGACCAUGACCCUGUUUUCGAGCAGCAGGAUUACAAGGAGAGUGUGCGGGAAAACCUGGAGGUGGGGUACGAGGUCCUCACUGUGCGGGCAACUGAUGGAGAUGCCCCAGCCAACGCCAACAUCCUUUACAAUAUCCUCAAUAACAACAGCUCCAAUGGUGUGUUUGAGAUCGACUCCAGGUCCGGGGUGAUUCGUACCAAGGGACCAGUAGAUCGGGAGGAGAUAGAUUCCUACAUGUUGUUGGUGGAGGCCAACGACCAGGGUCGUGACCCAGGGCCUCGUAGCUCCACAGCUACCGUCUACAUCUCAGUGGAAGAUGACAAUGACAAUGCCCCACAGUUCAGCGAGAAGCGCUAUGUAGUGCAGGUGCCUGAGAACAUGCCACCCAACUCUCACAUCCUACAGGUGACCGCCACAGACCGAGACCGUGGCAACAAUGCGGUGGUGCACUUUAGCAUCAUGAGCGGAAACACCCGGGGCCAGUUCUACAUUGAUGCACAGACCGGUAAGAUGGACUUAGUCAGCCAGCUGGACUACGAGGCAAACAAGGAGUACACGCUUCGCAUCAGGGCGCAGGAUGGCGGCCGACCACCCCUCUCUAACAUUAGUGGCCUUGUUACUGUGCAGGUGCUGGAUGUCAACGAUAAUGCUCCUAUUUUCGUCAGCACCCCCUUUCAAGCCACUGUCCUAGAAAAUGUGCCUCUAGGCUAUUCUGUCAUCCACAUUCAGGCCAUUGAUGCUGACUCGGGAGAGAACUCAAGGCUGGAAUAUCGGCUUAUCGAGACAGCACCUGGUUUCCCAUUCUCCAUCAACAACAAUACUGGCUGGAUUGUGGUGGCAGCUGAGCUUGAUCGAGAAACUGUUGACUUCUAUAACUUUGGGGUAGAGGCUUGUGAUCAUGGCUCCCCCCCCAUGACCUCUACUGCGAGUGUGAGCAUGACCAUUCUAGAUGUGAAUGACAACAACCCUGAAUUUACUCAAAAGUUCUAUUAUAUGCGGCUGAAUGAGGAUGCAGCAGUGGGAACUAGUGUAGUCACAGUGUCAGCGGUAGACAGGGACAUCAACAGUGUGGUGACAUAUCAGAUCUCCAGUGGCAACACACGCAAUCGCUUCUCCAUCACCAGCCAGAGUGGUGGUGGCCUAAUCACUCUGGCACUACCUCUGGACUAUAAACUGGAGCGGCAGUACGUCCUAGUAGUUACAGCCUCUGAUGGCACGCGCCUUGACACUGCCCAGGUGUUUGUCAAUGUCACCGAUGCCAAUACACAUAGGCCUGUAUUCCAGAGCUCCCAUUACACUGUCAACAUCAACGAGGACCGACCGAUUGGCACCACAGUUGUGGUCAUCAGCGCCACAGAUGAGGACACAGGCGAAAACUCCCGCAUCACUUACUACAUGGAGGACAGCAUCCCACAGUUUGACAUUGACCCUGACACUGGUGCUGUCACAACAAAGAUGGAUCUGGACUAUGAGGACCAGGUCUCCUAUACACUUGCCAUCACAGCUCGCGAUAAUGGUAUUCCGCAAAAGUCGGAUACAACAUACCUAGAGAUUUUGGUCAAUGAUGUAAAUGACAAUGCUCCUCGGUUUCUUAGAGACCAGUACCAGGGAUCAGUGAUGGAAGACGUUCCUGCCUUCACCAGUGUGGUGCAGGUCUCUGCCACAGAUCAGGACUCUGGGCUGAAUGGGCGCAUCUUCUAUACUUUCCAAGGUGGGGAAGAUGGUGAUGGUGACUUCAUCAUCGAGUCAACAUCAGGGAUUGUACGUACUCUGCGUCGGUUGGAUCGUGAGAAUGUGCCAGCAUACAACCUCCGUGCCUUUGCAGUGGACAAAGGUCUCCCUGCACUGAAAACAGUGGUGGACAUUCAGGUGAGUGUCCUGGAUGUCAAUGACAACCCACCAGUGUUUGAGAAGGAUGAUUUUGAUAUUUUUGUGGAAGAAAACAGUCCCAUUGGCUUAGUGGUUUCACGGAUAACUGCCUCUGAUCCGGAUGAGGGGAGCAAUGCCCAGAUCAUGUAUCAGAUUGUAGAGGGCAACAUCCCCGAGGUCUUUCAACUAGAUAUCUUUUCUGGGGAGCUGACAGCCCUGAUGGAUUUAGACUAUGAGACUCGCUCUGAGUACAUCAUUGUGGUGCAGGCCACCUCUGCCCCUCUUGUGAGUCGGGCCACAGUACGUGUCAAGUUGAUCGACAAGAAUGACAAUCUGCCAGUGCUCAAGAACUUUCAAAUAGUCUUCAACAACUAUGUUACCAACAAGUCCAGCAGCUUUCCAACUGGGGUAAUUGGACGCAUCCCAGCGCAUGAUCCAGAUGUUUCAGACCUGCUUCAAUACCGUUUUGAAACAGGAAAUGAGCUGAAUUUGGUCAUCCUCAACCAGAGUACGGGUGAGAUUCAGCUCAGCAGCGCGUUGGACAACAACCGUCCCCUGGAGGCCACCAUGAGAAUCUCUGUGUCAGAUGGUGUACACACAGUGUCUGCCCAGUGUCUCCUCCAGGUGACCAUCAUCACAGACCAGAUGCUAUCCAACAGUAUCACGCUGCGGCUAGCCAACAUGUCCCAGGAGGACUUCCUGUCUCCGCUACUUGGGCACUUCUUGGAGGGCGUGGCCCGGGUGCUGUCUGCCACCCGUGAGGACGUGGUGGUCUUCAACAUCCAGGAUGACACGGACGUUAGCACACGCAUCCUCAACGUUAGCCUGUCGGUGGCGAUGCCGGGGGCUGGGCCCUCCAGGGGGCGAUUCUUUGGCUCCGAGGAGCUCCAGGAGCGGCUGUACCUCAACCGCAGCCUGCUGGCACACGUCUCCGCUCUGCGUGUGCUGCCCUUCGAUGACAACAUCUGCCUGCGUGAGCCCUGCGAGAACUACAUGAAGUGUGUGUCAGUGCUGCGCUUUGACAGCCUGGCACCCUUCAUCGCCUCCGACACCAUCCUCUUCCGCCCCAUCCAUCCCAUCGCCGGGCUCCGCUGCCGCUGCCCGCAUGGCUUUACCGGCGACUACUGCGAGACGGAGAUCGACCUGUGCUACUCGCAACCCUGUGGGCCCCAUGGCGUGUGCCGCACUCGAGAAGGCGGCUUCUCUUGCGAGUGCCUGGAGGAUUACACUGGUGAGAGAUGCGAGCUCUCGACGCGCUCGGCCCGUUGUGUCCCCGGGGUGUGCAAGAACGGGGGAACGUGUGUCAACCUGCUGGUGGGCGGCUUCAAGUGCGAGUGCCCCCCAGGCAGCUACGAGAAGCCCUACUGCCAGAUGAACACUCGCAGCUUCCCACCAAAUUCCUUCCUCACCUUCAGGGGACUCCGACAGCGCUUCCACUUUACGCUAUCCCUCACGUUUGCCACCAAGGAGCGCAAUGGCCUUCUGUUCUACAACGGCCGCUUCAACGAGAAGCAUGAUUUCAUCGCCAUGGAGAUCACCAACGAGCAAAUCCAGUUUACCUUCUCCGCAGGAGAGACAAAGACCACGGUGUCACCCUUCAUCAUGGGUGGUGUGAGUGAUGGCCAGUGGCACGUGGUCCAGGUUCACUACUAUAACAAGCCCACCCUGAGUCAGGCUGGCUUACCCCAGGGCCCCUCCGACCAGAAGGUUGCCGUGGUAACCGUGGAUGAGUGUGACACCUCUGUGGCACUGAAGUUUGGUCACAUGCUUGGCAACUACUCUUGCUCUGCCCAGGGGAGCCAAUCAGGAUCCAAAAAGUCACUGGAUCUGACGGGGCCGCUGCUUCUGGGCGGCGUGCCCAACUUGCCAGAGGACUUCCCAGUACGGAACCGCCAGUUUGUGGGCUGCAUGAAGAACCUGCGCAUUGACCAUCAGCAGGUGGACAUGGAAGACCACAUUGCAAACAAUGGCACUGUACCAGGAUGCUUUGCAAAGAAGCACUUUUGCAACAACAACCCCUGUCAAAAUGGAGGAACCUGCGUGAAUCGAUGGGGCUCCUACAGCUGUGACUGCUCCCUAGGGUUUGGAGGCCGGAACUGUGAGAAAGUCACGAUGAGUCCCCACCGUUUCCAAGGCAACAGUUUCAUCCACUGGAGCAGACUGGAAAUGGCUGUUAUGGCGCCCUGGUAUGUCGAGAUCAUGUUCCGCACGCGGCAAGCCAGCGCCAUGCUGCUCCAUGUGGAGGGAGGACCUCAUCACAGCAUCACUAUCCAGCUCCAGGACGGCGGGCUGCUCCUGUCGCUGCAGUUCGACGAGGACGACACCAGCCUGCUGCAUCUGGAUGAGCUCAAAGUCAACGACGGAGACUGGCAUCAGUUGCAGCUGGAGCUGAGGGGGGAGGGCCGGUCGGGGCACCCCAUGGCUCUGCUCACCCUGGAUUACGGCCUGCACAUGACCAGCACAGAGCUUAGCGGGAAGCUGGAUGGACUGAUUCUGCAGACUCUGAGUGUGGGCGGAGUCCCCCAGGAGGCUGGCUCAGUGCUCCAGGGGUUCCGGGGAUGUGUGCAGGGCGUGCAGGUCGGCAAGGCCUCGGCCGGCACCAUAUUCCUCUCUAUGACUCAGGCCAAGAGCCACAACGUGGAGCCUGGCUGCAGCCUUCCAGACCCAUGCGACUCCAGCCCCUGCCCUUCCAGCAGCUACUGCAGCGAUGACUGGGACAGUUACUCCUGCAGCUGUGACCCAGGUUACUAUGGUGACAGCUGCACAGACGUCUGCUCUCUGAACCCCUGCGAGCACCAGUCGGCCUGUACAAGGAAGCCCAGCUCGUCCCACGGCUACACCUGCGACUGCCCCGCCAGCUAUUUCGGCCAGUACUGCGAGAAAAGGAUCGACCAGCCAUGCCCACGGGGCUGGUGGGGACACAAGACGUGCGGCCCGUGCUCCUGCCAGACUGAGAAGGGCUUUGACGCCGACUGCAACAAGACCACGGGGGAAUGUCGCUGCAAGGACAACCACUACCGGCCCUCGGGCAGCGAGACCUGCCUGCCGUGUGACUGUUACCCCGUGGGCUCCUUCUUGCGGGCCUGCGAGCCCGAAUCCGGCCUGUGUCCCUGCAAGCCGGGCGUCAUCGGCCGCCAGUGUGACCGCUGCGACAACCCUUUCGCGGAGGUCUCCCCCAAUGGCUGCGAGGUGAUCUACGACAGCUGUCCCCGCGCCAUCGAAGCCGGUAUCUGGUGGCCACGGACCAGGUUUGGUCUGCCUGCCGCUGUAGCCUGUCCCAAGGGUUCCAUCGGCACCGCCAUACGCCACUGUGACGAGCACAAGGGCUGGCUGUCCCCCAACCUCUUCAACUGCACGUCUCUCACCUUCGCCAGCCUCAAGACCAUUGCUGACGAGCUGGCAGCGAACAUAUCUGGCCUGAACCCGGGGAGGGUGUGGCAGGCGGCAGCCAUGCUCAAUAAUGCCAGCCAGCACACGCAGGCCUACUACGGCAGCGAUGUGCGGGUGGCCUACCGCCUGCUGCAGAGCCUGCUCCAGCACGAGAGCAAACAGCACGGCUUCGGCCUGGCCGCCACUCAGGACGUGCACUUCAACGAGAACCUGCUGCGGGCAGGUAGCGCCAUCCUGGCCCCGGAGACCCGGCCGCACUGGGAUCUAAUCCAGCAGACGGAGGGCGGCUCUGCACUGCUGCUGCAUCGCUAUGAGACUUACGCCAACACGCUGGCCCAGAACAUGCGGAAGACCUACCUCAGCCCAUUUACCUUCGCCACGCCCAACAUCGUCGUCUCAGUGGACCGACUGGACAGAAUGACCCUGGCGGGGGCCAGGCUGCCACGCUACGAAGCCCUGCGGGGGCCGCGACCUGCCGACCUGGAGACUUCCGUCACCCUCCCUGACCCGUCGAGUGCAGGGCAGACUGGAAACCACACAUCCUCCAGGGGGCGCCGUCACCCCGCCGAGGACAGGAGGGAGGCCUUCGCCAGCGUCAUCAUCUACCACAGCUUGGCUGCUCUGCUGCCUCAGAACUAUGACCCUGACAAGAGGAGCCUCAGGGUGCCCAAGCGGCCAAUCAUCAACACUCCGGUAGUCAGCAUCUCAGUGCACGAUGAGGAGGAGCCACCCCUGCAAAAGCUGGAGAGACCAGUGACCGUGCAGUUCCGCCUCGUGCAGACAGAGGAGCGCACCAAACCCAUCUGUGUCUUCUGGAACCACUCCAUCCCGGUUGGGGGCUCAGGUGGAUGGUCGACAAAGGGCUGUGAGGUGGUGUUCCGCAAUCACACCCACAUCAGCUGUCAGUGCAGUCACAUGACCAGCUUCGCCGUUCUGAUGGAUGUAUCUCGGCGGGAGAACGGGGAGAUCCUGCCCCUGAAGGUGAUCACAUGGAGCACUGUGGGGGUGUCCCUGGGCUUUCUCAUCCUCACCAUGGUCUUCCUCGUCUGCACGAACACCACGCAAUGCAACAGGACCAGCAUCAUUAGCAACGGCGCCUUUGCCCUCUUCCUCUCUGAGCUGGUGUUCAUCCUGGGCAUCAGUCAGGCCGACAACCCGUUCCUGUGCACUGUCAUUGCCAUCCUGCUGCACUUCCUCUACAUGUGCACCUUCGCGUGGCUCCUGCUGGAGGCGCUGCACUCCUACCGCAUGCUCAGUGAGGUGCGCGACAUUAACUAUGGCCCCAUGCGCUUCUACUACAUGAUUGGCUGGGGUGUGCCCGCUUUCAUUACAGGGCUGGCGGUGGGCCUGGACCCCGAGGGCUAUGGGAACCCUGACUUCUGCUGGCUGUCCAUGUAUGACACCCUCAUCUGGAGCUUCGCGGGGCCGGUGGCAGUGGCAGUAUCUAUGAGUGUCUUCCUCUACAUUCUGGCAGCCAAGGCAUCUUGCUCUCGACGACACCAAGGAUUAGAGAAGAAAGCUGGACCGACGUCCAGCCAGAGAACAGCAUGCUGGGUGCUUCUCCUGGUCACAGUCACGUGGCUUUUAGCUGUACUGUCCAUCAACAGUGACUCCAUCAUUUUCCACUACUUGUUUGCUGGAUUAAACUGUGUGCAGUUUGUUCUCGCCGAUCCCUGUGUAAAUUCUGAUUGGCUGCUGGGCUUCAAGAAGCUCUGCAGCCCCUGA